AUGGAAUUACCGCUCAUACCGAAAAGAAAAAGAAGGGCCGACGAUUCUAUUGCUGAUAUCUUUGAUCUGAACACGAAACAAUCAGAAAAGCCGAGCUCUUCGGAUUUAAUUCGGAAGAACCGUCGAGGAGAUAAUUGUGAAAUUUGUCUUCAGACAGUGCUCAGUCCUGUGAUAACUCCCUGUUUGCAUAAAUUUUGUCAACGUUGCAUUGAAGAAAGUUUGAAAGUUCAACGGGUUUGUCCUAAAUGCUCACAGGGACCAAUAGACCUUAUGGAUCUAUCUCCCGUCAACCCUUUCCCAGCCGACAAAGCGAAAGAGGAAGAAAAUGAAGUUUCAAGAAUGUUUUCGGAUAUACUACGGUCGAACCUUGUUUCUUCGGAAAUCGAUGAGAUGAUCAAGGUUUUAUCGAAAAAACGGGCAGAGUUGAAUGUCGGACAAACGAUUACGUCUGAUUCACUUGUAGAUGUUUUUACUCGAGAGUUUCUAAGAAGAAAGGAAAUUCAACUCUCCAAUAUUGUUAGGCAAUGUGAUAUUAUAAAGCGGGAUAGAGAUGUUAUCAAUUCUAGGAUAUUAGCUGCUUCUGGAAGGAAAGUCUUCACGGAGCCUGAACCUCUGGAUACGUUGAGCGACAGAAUGCUAAAGCAUUUCGACGGAUUGCAAGCAUAUUAUACUGAGUUGUUGAAUCGUAACCACGGGUCAGAACAUGAAUUGUCUUCAACAUUAUGCAAUGAAUGUGAAGGUGCUUGUAAAGACGAUGAAGAACGUUUAGAUAGAAUGGGAAAUGUUAUUAGAGGAGUUGCUAAAUAUGGCCAAGUGGAAAGAAUAGCUAUUUUAAAUUAUGAUACGGAAGUGUGUCCUCAACAGUCAAUAGUGUCUAGUCUCGAGUUUGAUAAGGAAGGGGAACUUUUUGUUGUAGCAGGUGUUACAAAAAGGAUAAAAAUAUUUAAUUAUGAGAACAUUGUUGAUUUUCCGGAUGCACACCAUUACCCCUUAGCCCAACUUCGCUGUCGAAGUAAAAUAAGCAAUGUAUCUUGGAGCCAGUUUCAGCGAGAGCUAAUGUGCAGUAGUGAUUAUGAUGGAACUGUUAGUGUAUGGGACAUCAAUACACAACAAGUGUUGAAAUCCUUUCAUGAACAUGAAAAACGAUGCUGGACUGUUCAUUUCAAUAAUGUGGAUCCACACUUGAUAGCGAGUGGUAGUGAUGAUGCAAAGGUGAAAAUAUGGAGUUUAAAUUGUGAUAGAUCAGUUACUUGUAUCGAUGCCAAAGUUAAUGUAUGUUGCGUAUGUUUUAGUCCAACUAACAAAUUCAAUAUUGCCUUCGGAUCAGCAGAUCACACAGUACAUAUGUAUGACAUCAGACAGCCGUCAACUCCUGUGAGCAUAUUGAAAGGCCACAAAAAAGCUGUUUCGUAUGUAAGAUAUGUGAAUGAUGAUCAAGUUGUAUCAGCCUCUACGGAUAGUACUUUGCGAGUAUGGUGUGCUAAGACUGGUAGAUGUAUCCGGAUAUUGCGCGGGCAUAUUAAUGAGAAAAAUUUUGUCGGGUUGAGUGAUAAUGGAAGUGAUCAUGUCAUGUGUGGAAGCGAGAAUGGAAGCGUCUAUUUUUAUCACAAAUACAUAUCGGACCCAAUACUAGCAAGUUAUGUGGGCAAAGAGGAAACCGUGGGAGAUCCCGAAGGGUUCAUAUCAUCUGUUUGUUGGAGAAAGAAUUCAGAUGUCGUUGUUGUUGCGAAUAGUUUUGGUAGUGUUCAGUUUUUGAAGUUGUCGUAA